CACAAACCACCAGCCAUGAGAGCUGUUGUGCUUGCCUUGACCCUAGCCUUUGUGGCGAGUCAACAGAUUAACCUUGUUCCAGAGUUUGCCCCUGAUAAGACCUAUGUGUACAACUAUGAGGCUCUACUCUUGGGCGGUCUUCCUCAAGAAGGUCUGGCCAGAGCAGGUAUAAAAGUCAACAGUAAGGUUCACCUCAGUGCAGUCACCGAGAACACCUUCCUGAUGAAGCUCAUGGAUCCUCUAAUCCACGAGUAUGCUGGUAUUUGGCCCAAGGAUCCAUUUGUUCCUGCCACUAAGCUCACCUCAGCACUGGCUGCUCAGCUUCAGAUUCCCAUCAAGUUUGAGUAUGCUAAUGGUGUGGUUGGAAAGGUAUUUGCCCCGGCAGGAGUCUCCCCUACGGUACUGAAUUUACACAGAGGUAUCCUCAACAUCCUUCAGCUCAACCUCAAGAGGACCCAGAACAUCUAUGAACUGCAAGAGGCUGGAGCUCAGGGAGUGUGCAGGACCCACUAUGUCAUCAAUGAGGAUCCAAAGACCAACCACAUUACCGUUACCAAGUCUAAGGAUCUGAGCCACUGCCAGGAGAGAAUCAUGAAGGAUGUUGGCUUGGCAUACACUGAGAGGUGUGCUGAAUGCACAAAGAGGGUCAAGAGUCUGAUUGAAACUGCAACUUACAAUUACAUUAUGAAACCAUCUUCCACUGGUGCACUGAUCACUGAGGCAACAGUUGAGGAAGUGCAUCAGUUUUCACCCUUCAAUGAGAUCCAUGGUGCAGCAAUGAUGGAAGCAAAACAAAUCUUGGCUUUUGUUGAGAUAGAAAAGACCCCUGUUGUUCCAAACAAAGCUGAUUACAUGGCCCGUGGAUCCCUGCAAUAUGAGUUUUCAACUGAGAUUCUUCAGACUCCCAUCCAACUCAUAAAGAUCAGCAAUGCACCAGCACAGAUUGUGGAGGUCCUGAAGCACUUGGUUGUGAACAAUGUGGCCAUGGUCCAUGAUGACGCUCCACUUAAGUUUGUUCAGCUCGUUCAGCUCCUGCGUGCUGCCACCCUGGAGAAUAUUGAGGAUAUCUGGACUCAGUUCAAGAAUGAACCAGUGUACAGGCGCUGGAUUCUAGAUGCUCUUCCUGCUGUUGGCACACCAGUCAUUGUAAAAUUCAUCAAGGAGAAGUUCCUGGCUGGUGAACUUACCCUUCCAGAGUUCAUUCAGGCUCUUGUGGUUGCUUUGCAAAUGGUCACUGCUGAUUUGGACACCAUCCAGUUGACAGCUAGUUUGGCUUGGCAUGAGAAACUCUCCACAAUCCCAGCUCUGCAUGACGUUGUAAUGCUCGGAUAUGGUUCCAUGAUUGCCAAGCACUGUGUUGAAGUUCCCACUUGCUCUGCCGAGCUCCUCGGGCCCAUCCAUGAGAUUGCUGCAGAAGCUACUUCUAAGAAUAACAUUCCUGAAAUCACUUUGGCUCUUAAAGUUCUGGGCAAUGCUGGUCAUCCUGCUAGUCUUAAACCCAUCAUGAAGCUCCUGCCUGGAAUGAGAACUGCAGCUACAUCUCUGCCCCUUAGUGUUCAGGUUGAUGCCAUCUUGGCCCUGAGGAACAUUGCCAAGAAAGAGCCCAAACUGGUUCAGCCAGUGGCCCUGCAGCUUGUAUUGGACAGAUCUCUCCACCCAGAAGUUCGCAUGGUUGCUUGUAUUGUGUUGUUUGAAACCAAGCCCUCAGUGGCUCUCAUGUCAAGUCUUGCUGGUUCUUUAAAGACUGAAACUAACAUGCAGGUUGCGAGCUUUACCUAUUCCCACAUCAAGUCCUUGACCAGAAUCACUGCUCCUGAUAUGGCAGCUGUUGCUGGUGCAGCUCAUGUUGCUAUCAAGCUUUUGAGUCCCAAGCUGGACAGGCUUAGUUUUCAGUUCAGCAGAGCCCUUAAGUUUGACAUCUAUCACACUCCACUUAUGGUUGGAGCUGCUGGCAGUGCCUACAUGAUCAAUGAUGCUGCCACCAUCCUGCCCAGAGCUGUUGUAGCUAAAACACGUGCUUAUCUGGCUGGAGCUGCUGCUGAUGUUCUUGAGAUUGGAGUGAGAACUGAAGGAAUCCAGGAGGCUCUUCUGAAAUCUCCUGCUGCAGAUGAAAGUGUUGACCGUAUCACAAAGAUUAAGCGCACCCUGAGAGCACUCAUAAAUUGGAAGGCUCUGCCAACCAGUCAACCACUGGCUUCAGCCUAUGUCAAACUGUUUGGACAGGAGGUGGCUUUUGCCAGAAUUGACAGGACCAUCAUUGAACAAGCAAUAUCGCUUGCCACUGGACCCAAAUCACGUGAAUUGUUGAAGGCGGCUCUUAAAGCUUUGCAGGAAGGAAUUGCCUUGCAGUAUGCCAAACCCCUGCUUAUAGCUGAAAUGCGUCGUAUCUUGCCAACAGCAGUUGGUUUGCCCAUGGAGCUCAGUAUGUACUCUGCUGCUGUUGGUGCUGCAUCCAUCAAUGUCCAGGCCACCAUUACACCUCCUCUCCCUGAGGAGAUUGAGACUAUGACUCUUGAGCAGCUGAAGAAGACUGAUGUUCAACUCCAAGCUGAAGCUAGACCAAGGUACACUUUUACAAAUGCAUUAAAUACUGUAUGCAAAUAUGGUUUUCAAAAACACAAUCUCUCUUAUUCUUAUUGCAGUAUUGCUGUGCAUAAAUUUGCUGUGAUGGGAGUGAACACUGCCUUGAUCCAAGCUGCUGUUAUGGCUAGAGGAAAGAUCCGUACAAUUGCUCCUGGAAAAGUGGCUGUAAGAGCAGACAUUCUCAAGGGCAACUACAAGGUGGAGGCUCUGCCUGUCGAGGUUCCUGAACAUAUCGCUGCUAUGAGCUUUGAGACUCUUGCAGUGGCCAGAAAUAUUGAAGAUCCUACUGCUGAGAGGAUUGUUCAAUUGGUACCGGAGUUGUCAUUGCAAAACCGCCAGACAGAUCUUGCUGGAUCGUCAUCUGAGAUCCUUGAUCCUGAGAUGCCACCUGAGGCUCCUGUGAGAGCUUCUGCUCCAUUUGACAAGACUCUCUGUCUUGCUGUCCCAUACAUUGAAAUCAAGGGAUGCGUUGAGGUGCACUCUCACAAUGCUGCUUUUAUCAGAAAUGAUCCUCUGUUCUACAUAAUUGGACAACACUCAGCACGUGCUACAGUGGCAAGAGCUGAAGGUCCUACAGUUGAAAGACUGGAACUUGAAGUCCAAGUUGGUCCUAGAGCUGCUGAGAGGCUCCUUAAGCAAAUCAGUCUCAUUGAUGAGGAGACUCCAGAAGGGAAGGCCUUCUUGUUGAAAUUGAGGGAAAUCCUGGAGACUGAAGAUAAAAACAGGCCCAUUUCUUCUGAAAGCAACAGCAACAGCAGCAGUUCAAGCUCCUCCAUGUCCAGCUCUCGUGUGACAGAGACUGCCAAUCCCAUAGACCCCUUCAAGAAAUUCCACAAAGAUCAGUACAUGGCACACCAUGGAUCCUCAAAGGCAGUAAGCAGUGGAAGCGCUGCAUCUAGUUUUGAGCGUUUCCAGAAACAGGCUAAAUAUCUUGGGAAUACUGUUCCACCAGUUUUUGUCAUCAUUGCCCGUGCUGUUAGAGUAGAUCGCAAGUUGUUGGGUUACCAGCUUGCAGCUUUCUUUGACAAGCCAUCUGCAAGGGUGCAGCUCAUUGCUUCUUCCAUUGCUGAGAAUGACAACUGGAAGUUGUGUGCUGAUGGUGUCCUGCUGAGCAAGCACAAAGUCACUACCAAGGUUGCCUGGGGUACAGAGUGUCAACAAUAUGCAGUCAUUACUAAAGCUGAAGCUGGAAUACUUGGAGAAUUCCCUGCUGUCCGUCUAGAGUGGGAAUGGGAGGAGCUUCCAAUUUUAAUCACCAACUAUGCCAAAAAGCUGUCUAAGCAUAUUCCUAUGGCAGCGUUACAGGCAGGGUUCAGGUUUGAAAGAGCCACAAACAGUGAGAAGGAGAUUGAACUGACUGUGGCCUUGCCCAGUAAAAGGUCCCUGAAUGUCAUAGUAAGGGUUCCAGAGAUGACACUGUCAAGGAUAGCUAUUCCUCUCCCUGUCACUGUACCCAUCAAUCCAGAUGGAACUCUUUCUAUUCAUAUUGAUCAAGACAUUCUGUUCAGAGUCCAGAACUAUAUCUAUGAUUGCACCACAGCACAAUGCAGCAUGAUGCAGGACACAAUCACUACGUUCAACAACAGGAGGUACAAGAACGAAAUGCCCAUUUCUUGCUACCAAGUCUUGGCUCAGGACUGCACACCUGAGCUGAAAUUUGUUGUUCUCUUGAAGAAGGAUGAGGAGUCUGAAGAAAACCACCUGAACAUUAAACUUGCUGAUAUCAAUGUCGACCUGUAUGCUUUGGGCACCCAGGCAAAAGUUAAAAUUAAUGAAAUGGAAGUGCCCAUCAGCAGCCUUCCCUACCAGCAUCCCUCAGGCUCCAUCCAGAUCCGGGAGAAGGCUGAUGGUUUGUCACUUUAUGCUUCUGGUCAUGGGCUUCAGGAAGUCUACUUUGCCAGUGGUCAUUGGAAGAUCCAAGUUGCAGACUGGAUGAAAGGACAGACUUGUGGACUCUGUGGAAAAGCUGAUGGGGAAAUCAGACAGGAGUACACCACACCCAGUGGAUACCUGACCAAGAAUUCAGUGAGCUUUGCCCACUCAUGGGUGCUUCCUGCUGAGAGCUGCCGUGAUGCCAGCCAAUGCCGUAUGAAACUUGAAUCGGUGAAGUUGGAGAAGCAGGUGAUAUUGAAUGGCCAGGAAUCUAAAUGCUACUCUGUUGAGCCUGUGCUGCGCUGUCUGCCAGGCUGUAAACCAAUCAGAACCACCCCUGUCACUAUUGGAUACCACUGCCUGUCCACACUCUCUAACCUCAACAUGCUUGAUGGAAUUUAUGAGAAGAGUGUAGACUUGAGAGAGACUACAGAUGCUCAUGUGGCCUGUCGCUGCAGUGAACAGUGUGCUUAAACCCACUUCUUGGCUCAGUAGUACCUAAUACAACAAUUGAAGCAAUUUAAUUGAUUUUCAAUAAAU